AAAAAUAUUCAAUUCAAAUAGCAUUAUCAAAACCGAUGGACUGUCGUUGUUCUUCCUUCAAGUUAUAAGGUACUCACAUUCCACUUUCAAUAAAGAGCUUUGAAACUUUGCGUGAUUUAAAAAUGGUGAAUUUUAUAGAAAAAUACUUCGAUGUGACCCCAGAUCCCAGGUCAAUAAAAUUGGAUCUUAUGGGAUCACCUCUGCAGAUAUUAAUUAUUCUUACGAUAUAUGUUUGUUUUGUAAAGAAAUGGGGUCCAUUGUUGAUGAAAAACCGGAAGCCCUUUGAACUAAAAGCUGUCAUUAUAGUCUACAAUAUAUUUCAAGUUCUUAUCAACGGCUAUUUAGUCUACGCGGCAACUCCCUUGCUUCUGUACCACAGAGAUUGGGUCGGAAGUUGUUUGAGAAUCGACGAGACCGACCCCGAAAUUGAAAAAUUUCACAUGAGGCUUUCGUAUUUAUUUUGCAUGAUUAAAAUUCUUGAUCUUUGCGAUACAAUAUUCUUUGUUCUACGUAAACAUUACCAACAAAUAUCAUUCCUUCAUUUGUAUCAUCAUUUAAUGGUCGGCACAGCAGCUUGCCUUAUCUUCAGAUAUGUUCCCAAUGGACAUCUUGGAAUAACGGGCUAUGUUAACAGUUUUGUGCACACAAUCAUGUACGUCUACUAUCUAAUAUCCAUCCUUAGUCCAAAUUUAAAACAAUCAAUUUGGUGGAAGAAAUACAUUACAGUGAUGCAAAUGGUGCAGUUUGUGUUUGUAUCAUUGUACAUUUUGUAUCCUUGGAUGAAAGGGCAAAAUUGUGGAUAUCCGUUUAAGUUAUUGCCAUUUGCAUUGCUUCAAAACUUUGUGUUGCUAUACCUGUUUAGUAAUUUUUAUAUUAAGACCUAUAGGUCAACAGCGAAAUCAAGCCAAUAAUACAGUUUAUAGUAUAUAAUAUUAAAAAAUAAAAGAUUUUUUUAUUCUGUUUUUUAA